UUGGAGUCUGCGCAGUAGAGACGGAUCUGGACUGACAGGUUAUUCCUGAAGAACCUUUACUCGUGUUUAUCUCUCCGGGUUCUCCCCGGUCUCUCUCCGGUUCAGAGUUCAGUCUUCGGUAUAUUCCCGUUAAUACCCUCAGCCCCCCCCCCCCCCCCCUGCAGUCAGCUGUCGGUCCUCUUCCUGAAGCAGCAUGUCGGAUCAGUUCUGCCUGCAGGAAGUGAUCGACUCCUUCAGACUCAGUCUGUCCGACACCAAGGAGGUUUCUCUGGACCACUAUGUGGAGGGCUGGAGGGGGCUGGUCAAGUUGCUGAACAGCCUGGGCAGUGUGUUCGGCUUCAUCUCCAAAGACGCAGUCAACAAGAUCGACAUCCUGGUGUCUCUGCGGGGGGGUCCCGGGGGGGCUCACUACGUGUCGUUGCAGUCGAUGGUGCAGUACGAGCUGCAGAGCGAGCUGGUGGACCAGAAGCAGCGGGGGGGCCACCCCGAGUCCGGCUGCAGGACGCUGCUGCGACUGCACCGGGCGCUGCGCUGGCUGCAGCUCUUCCUGGAGGGGCUGCGCGUCAGCGGGGAGGACGGCAGCCCCCCCGCCCUGUGCUCCCAGGCCUACCACCAGUCUCUGGCCCAGCACCACCCCUGGCUGAUUCGCACCGCCGCCGGUGUGGCCUUCAGGAUGCUGCCAAGCCGCGCCAGCUUCCUCCAGCUGAUGAACGCGGGCCCCCCUGAGCAGGCGGUGCUGGUGCUGGGGGAGGCCCUGCCUCUUCUGGGGGAGGUGUACUCCAUCACUGAGGAGCUGUAUGCCCAGCACAACCUGCUCAACCUGCCUUAACACUCACUCACUCACUCACUCUCGCACACACACACACACACACACACACUAGUGAGAGAGUGUGUGCAGCGAGGUGUCUGUAACUCGGCCUUAAUUUAAGGACUCCAGAUAUUAAUUGAAACGAUCAUUCUCUCUCCACUCUGCACCAACUGCACUUCCUGUUGCUGUUUACUUCCUGUCUGUCUUCUUCAGUGUUGUGUUAUCGAGUAUUAACGACCUCUGAAAUGUCCAAAUUGACCAAUCAGAAUGGAGGAAUUCCUCCGAGCCGUGUAUCACCUUUAGGGAUCAGGAACAGCAGGUGUGAGUAUUGGAGCUCACCUGCUGCCUCUCCAUCACAUUACUCUGAGACACUGGGGACACUGGGACGGACACUUUCCUGUCUCUAUAGCCUAAACCAUCAGUAGAGAGUAAUCACCAGUAGCAGAUAGUCUGUGGAGCUCUGAGUGUUUUUCUGAAACCUGAUUAAAUAAUAAAACACGUAGUCAUAGUUUAACUCCUUAUGGAGUCUCCUGUUUAAUGUAGAAACUACUGAUUCCUUUGAGGUGAUUUCUGUUGUAUGUAUAAGUAUGUGUAUAUAUACAUAGUAUGUUAUAUGUUGGAACAGCUUCAGGUGGAUGAUUCUUUUGAUUGUAAUAUUUUCCUGUUUAUAAAUCAUCAAGCCUUUCAGUAA